AUGUUGAAAUCUUCCAGCAACCCCAGUUACCAAAAGGUCGGGCCCUGUGGUCCCGCCCUAAAUGUUUGUCCAGGGUACUUUGUCCACAGAGAUGCGUCUCAGACAUCUUCAUCUCAUUCGGUAGCCCAAUCGGCGACUUCGUCCUCUCAGUCCUCGUCCACCACUGUGAAACAAUCCGAGGCCAAAAAGGAAGAAUACACCACUUUUCACAAGUGUGGCAAGCAAGGCCAACACACGCGUGACUGCAAGGCGACACCCAAGACAGUCACAGAUGCAGCAGCUACUUCUUCUAAGAAAGUAGAAUCUAGGUUCUGGAAUGGGCCGAUGGUUCAAGGCGACAUUCAGGAUCGUGAGAUUUUAGCAUAA